CUCUCAUCUUCAUGCUGUUGAAUGAAAGAGUGACGGCUGCUGUUGAUUCGGAGCCAGUUUUAGGAAUUUGAAAUACUUUAGCGGGAUUAUGUUGGACCUGAAAUUCGGGUCACAUGACUGCUGAUAUUUUGGACCGCUCAGUGCUCCUUGGUGGAGGUUCUUUGUGUCUUCUUGUCAAGUUCACGUGAUGGAGAUGGAGGUGACUUUCAGGAGGAGGCAAGAGGAGCUCGAAGAGUCUUCCAGACUGUCAUGGUGACCUGGGCUGGAUCAACAUGGACUCAAGAACCCCCCUGGUUCUCCUGCUUGUGCUGCUCGUCCAGCCGUGGCUCGGCUCGGCUCAGGUUCUACGGAUAGGUGGCAUCUUCGAGACGCGCGAGAGGGAGCUGGUGAGCAUGGAUGAGCUCGCCUUCAAGUUUGCCGUCAACAACAUCAACCGCAACAAGACGCUGAUGCCCAACGUCACGCUGACCUACGACAUCCAGAGGAUCAACUUGUUUGACGGCUUCGAGGCGUCCCGGAGAGUGUGCGACCAGCUGGCUCUGGGGGUGGUGGCCGUCUUCGGACCCUCCCACAGCUCGUCGGUCAGCGCGGUCCAGUCCAUCUGCAACGCCCUAGAGGUCCCUCACAUCCAGACGCGCUGGAAGCAUCCGUCGGUGGACAACAGAGACACGUUCUUCAUCAACCUCUAUCCCGAGUACACGGCCAUCGCCAGGGCCAUCCUGGAUGUGGUCACCUUCUUCAAGUGGAGGAAGCUGACUGUGGUCUACCAGGACAGCACUGGCCUGAUGCGCAUGCAGGAGUUGAUCAAGGCGCCCGCGAAACUCAACCUGAAGAUCAAAAUCCGCCAGCUGACGCCUGGCAACCAGGAUGCACGUCCUCUGCUGAAAGAGCUGAAGAAGGACAAGGAGUUCUUCAUCCUCUUUGACUGCUCCUACCAUAUGGCCUCUGAGCUCCUCAAGCAGCUUUCCUCCAUGGGAAUGAUGACGGAGUACUACCACUUCUUCUUCACCACGCUGGAUUUGUUUGCCUUGGACUUGGAGCCGUAUCGCUACAGCGGGGUCAACAUGACAGGAUUCAGACUGCUCAACAUCGAUGACCCCUGGGUGGCGUCCACCAUGGACAAGUGGGCCAUGGAGAGAUUGCAGGGACCCAAACAGGACAGCGGCCUGAUGGACGGCGUCAUGACGACGGACGCGGCCUUGAUGUAUGACGCCGUGUUCAUGGUUUCCGUGGCGUCGCAGCGCGCCACCCAGAUGACGGUCAGCUCCCUGCAGUGUCACCGCCAUAAACCGUGGCGCUUUGGACCGCGCUUCAUGAACCUCUUCAAAGAGGCCCAGUGGGAUGGACUGACAGGUCACAUUGUUCUCAACAAGUCGGACGGUCUGAGGAGAGACUUUAACUUGGACAUCAUCAGCCUCAAAGAGGACGGCGCUGCCAGGGGUGUUAUGGAGGCUGGAAGUCGCCUCACCAAGAGGUGGAUCAAGAUCGCCGUGUGGAACUCGUACAAAGGCAUGAACCUCAUCGAGAAGUCCACGCGGGAGAAGAACGUGAACGUGACCGACUCCCUCGCCAACAGGACGCUGAUUGUCACCACCAUCCUGGAGAAUCCAUACGUGAUGUACAAGAAGUCAGACAAGGAGCUGUCCGGCAAUGACCGCUUUGAGGGAUACUGCCUGGACCUCCUCAAGGAGCUCUCCAACAUCCUGGGCUUCACCUACGAAGUCCGCCUGGUGGCCGACGGCAAGUACGGCGCACAGAACGACAAAGGAGAGUGGAACGGCAUGGUCCGCGAGCUCAUCGACCACGUGGCCGACCUGGCUGUGGCACCCUUGACCAUCACCUACGUUCGGGAGAAGGUCAUCGACUUCUCCAAGCCCUUCAUGACGCUGGGCAUCAGCAUCCUGUACCGCAAACCCAACGGCACCAACCCGGGCGUGUUCUCCUUCCUUAAUCCUCUGUCUGCUGACAUCUGGAUGUACGUGCUGCUGGCCUGCACGGGGGUCAGCUGUGUACUCUUUGUCAUCGCCAGGUUUACUCCAUAUGAGUGGUACAACCCACAUCCAUGCAACCCAUCCUCCACUCUCAUCCAAAACAAUUUCACUUUGCUCAACAGCUUCUGGUUUGGUGUCGGUGCUCUCAUGCGUCAAGGUUCCGAGCUGAUGCCGAAGGCUCUGUCCACGCGUAUCGUCGGGGGCAUCUGGUGGUUCUUCACCUUGAUCAUCAUCUCCUCCUACACGGCCAACUUGGCCGCCUUCCUCACCGUGGAGAGGAUGGACGCGCCCAUCGACUCGGCCGACGACCUGGCUAAGCAAACCAGGAUUGAAUACGGUGCAGUGAGGGACGGAUCCACCAUGACCUUUUUCAAGAAAUCCAAGAUCUCCACCUACGAGAAGAUGUGGGCCUUCAUGAGCAGCAGGAAGAACACAGCACUGGUCAAGAACAACCGGGAGGGCAUCACGCGUGUCCUCACCACCGACUACGCCAUGUUGAUGGAGUCCACCAGCAUUGAGUACAUCAGCCAGAGGAACUGUAACCUCACGCAGAUAGGAGGACUCAUUGACUCCAAGGGCUACGGAGUGGGAACGCCCAUCGGUUCUCCGUACAGAGACAAGGUGACCAUCGCCAUCCUGCAGCUUCAGGAGGAAGGAAAGCUGCACAUGAUGAAGGAGAAGUGGUGGCGAGGCAACGGCUGCCCGGAGGAGGACAACAAGGAGGCCAACGCUUUGGGUGUGGAAAACAUUGGCGGCAUCUUCAUCGUGCUUGCCGCCGGCCUGGUCCUGUCUGUGUUCGUGGCCAUUGGCGAGUUCAUAUAUAAGGCUCGCCGGAACGCAGACAUUGAGGAGGCCUUUUGUUUCUUUUACGGGGUGCAGUCCCGCCAGUUUCAGCGGCGUGGCUCCACCUCCUCCUCGGGCACCUCCUUGUCUACCGACCUGGAGAGCGGCAAGCUGCUUGGUGAUGACACAGAGUAACCGUGGCAACUGUAGAUGAUAGAGUGUGUCUUUCUCGGUUCUGAUGGAGGACGUGGGCGUCUUCUCCCAAGGCCUGAGGCGGAGGUUGAGACAACGGCCAUCUUGUGUCUGUACUGCACACACGCAGGACACCAACACAUCGUGAGAAUGGACUGAACCAAAACUAAAAACAGACUGCCAGCAUACACGUUUAGAGUGUUUGUGCGUCCAUUUUCCUUUUCUUUUAGUACUGUUUGUGUGUCAGCGUAACAUACUUUAUGCCCUUAGUGUUUUGCUCACUUUAAAGUCACCUGAUCGUGGAAAUAUUGACCUUCACAGUAAAACUAUUUUGCAUUUUUUUCAAAACACCUGCCUUAUUUGUGUGUGUGCAAGGAUAUGUGUAUGCGUGUUGUGUGUGUGUUGACAUGAAGACUCUCCAUUGGAUGCCUACAGGAAGUAAGUGUCCACCUAGCAGUACCAUUCAGUUUGGUACCAUGUGUUAAUGAUUGUGUUUCCAUUGUUUAGGCCUUCUCGGCCCAGGCUUGACCUUUCAACUGUGUCUUGGCUGUGGCUCUGAGCAUGAACACCUUCUUCUUCUGCACAC